ACGCUACCGUCGGGGUGGCCCGGGCGCGCGCGGACCUGUUGGGGAUAGCGGGGGCGAGCGCUUCCGGAAAGAGCAUCCUCCGGUCCUGGCGUUAGACCGCCGCCCCGGCUCCCCUAGCCUGCCGUCUGGGUUUGGACCGUCUCCCGGAUUCCCUAGACCGUUUUUUGCUGCUCAGAGCUACUUCCGGGUCUGUGUCCGGUCCUCCGGUACCCCGCGCCUGUUUGUCUUGCCACGAAGAAACUGUUCUUGCAGAGCUAUUAAGUUUAUGUCGCUGAAAGCCCUGUGUGUUCUUUCCGGCUUUGCAGCUGACUUCUCUUCUUGAAAAGAAAAGAAAAAAAAACACAGAAAAUUUUUGUUGGUCCAGCCAGCAAAGGAAAGACAGGACCUAGCAUUGGAAACCAGCAAAGACAAGGUCACAGACCUUGAAUGUGGCAAAGCAAGAACAAUGGACCUCAAGUUCAACAACUCUAGGAAGUAUGUCUCCAUCACGGUGCCCUCCAAAACCCAGACAAUGUCACCACACAUCAAGUCAGUAGAUGACAUUGUGGUGCUGGGCAUGAACCUCAGCAAGUUUAACAAGCUCACACAGUUUUUCAUAUGUGUGGCUGGAGUUUUUGUAUUUUACCUAAUUUAUGGAUACUUACAGGAGUUGAUAUUUUCAAUGGAAGGCUUUAAGCCCUAUGGCUGGUACCUUACUUUAGUACAGUUUGCAUUUUACUCCAUAUUUGGCCUCAUAGAACUUCAGCUCAUUCAGGACAAAAGGAGAAGAAUACCAGGAAAAACCUACAUGAUAAUAGCUUUUCUAACUGUGGGUACUAUGGGCUUAUCAAACACUUCCUUGGGCUACCUGAAUUACCCCACCCAAGUCAUCUUCAAGUGCUGCAAACUGAUUCCUGUUAUGCUAGGAGGAGUUUUUAUUCAAGGAAAGCGUUACAACCUUGCAGAUGUGUCUGCUGCAGUGUGCAUGAGCCUUGGCCUGAUCUGGUUUACCCUGGCUGACAGCACCAUUGCGCCAAACUUUAAUCUCACAGGUGUGAUGCUUAUCUCCCUGGCACUGUGUGCAGAUGCUGUCAUCGGGAAUGUCCAGGAGAAAGCCAUGAAGCUGCACAAUGCUUCCAACUCUGAGAUGGUUCUGUAUUCGUACUCGAUCGGUUUUGUGUACAUUCUGUUGGGAUUGUCCUGCACGAGUGGACUAGGCCCUGCAGUGGCAUUUUGUUCAAAGAACCCUGUUCGCACCUAUGGCUACGCCUUCCUCUUUUCUCUCACUGGAUACUUUGGGAUCUCCUUCGUUCUGGCCCUGAUUAAAAUCUUUGGUGCUCUUCUUGCUGUAACAGUGACAACAGGAAGAAAAGCAAUGACCAUAGUCCUUUCGUUCAUAUUCUUUGCUAAACCGUUCACAUUUCAGUAUGUAUGGUCUGGCUUGUUAGUUGUUCUUGGCAUAUUUCUCAAUGUUUACAGCAAAAAUAUGGAUAAAAUAAGAUUACCAUCAGUGUACAAUCUGAUGAACAAAGCCAUGGAUGUGAAAAAGUCAAGGACGUUGGCACAGACUGUGUAGGCACUGAGGUAGCCUACUUAAAAUAGAAUCCUAAGGGAGCAAUCAUUAAUCAGUUGACUUUCCAAGGGAUUGGGAUAAAAACCAAAGGAUUUGAAGACUGCUGUUGUGUGAGCCGGCAGAGGUUUGUGACGUCAGCCUCUGCAGAACACAAGCUUGACCAGCUCUGAAACAGUCCAGAGCCGCACCCAGGACGUGUUUCAGUGAAGUCAGUAUGAAGGAAAGCGCUUGCUGGCAGUGUCCUGCGCAUUUCACUGGAAAUGGACCGUGUUGCAAGACUGAUUGGAAAUCCUCCCAGCGUGCAGCACGGCGCUGUGUAGUAGCGCACUGUUUCGUCCCCAUUCCGUUUUGGUGGUGUUAUUUAAAUUGCUUCUCUGUUAUAAGAGUGAACCGAUGAUUUAAAGUCUAGAGAAAAUAGAAUUCAUUUAUAAAUAAAAUUAUCCUGUGAUUUUUUAAUGCUGUUUUAAUAAAAUUUGUUAUUGAAGAAAAUGGAGUUGGGAAGGCUUAACAUGCUCUUUAAAACUUGAGUUUUCCACUCACAAUGUAAAAAUAUUUUUGAGAGCACCCUUGUCUGUAUGCACAGGGUAAAAUGCUUAAAGGAAAUACACUAGAAUUACAGGGUGCCAUGAUGUGUGGCUUUAGUUUGGAUGUUUUAAGUGCAGGGCAGACGUUAACAUGUUAAAAAAAAUCCUAUUCUUCAUAUAAGAAUAAAGUUUUCUUUGAAUGGUGGAGAUGAAGUGGGGUGCACUUAAACCUGGGUAGAUUUGGCAGACCCAGACAUUUUUUUUCUCAGACUCUAAUAUAAUUUCAGAGUCUGGAUAACUUAGAUCUCUGAGGUUUCUUUCUGGCAGUUCUAGAUGCUAUGAAGUCCACACUCAAGAUGCUAGCAAACCUGCAGGGCUGCCUCCCACUUUCUAGAUGGCGUCGUCUUACUGUGUCCUCAGGUGUUUAGCUCUAAUCCCAUCAUGAGGUCUCUACCCUCAUGGCUCAGUCUCCUAAUGCCGACACUGGGGAGUUAGGAUUUUACAGGUGAACAUAGGCUACAUAGAGAUUCAGAUCAUAGCCGUAUUACUCACGUAGUUUCGAGUCAGGUUUAGUGCCUUUCCGUAUUGAUUUUUGUAAUUGCUGUAUGCAUCUGCUCACUGUGUGUGUGUGUGUGUAUGCACACGCACAUACUCACGUUCAAACAAUUACAUGCGUGUAUAAAAGCUGUUACCCUUCAUUUUCAGCAUAAUCAAUAUGAUUAAAACCCUUAGUGUUUA